UUUACGAGGAGAAACGAAGCCGAGAAAAGGAAAUAACAGUGUAUAGACAUGGACAAAAGAUCGGUUUUACCUGCUGCAAUUGCACUUCUGUUUUUUGCUUCCACAGCAACAUCCCAAAUUUAUGAUGUCACGAAAUAUGGCGCGAGUGGUGGCGGUAGUUCGGAUAUCAGCCAGGCUCUUGUUAGCGCAUGGAAAGAGGCCUGCGCGUCGACAAAUGCUAGCAAAGUCAAGAUCACGGUGCCGGCAGGGACAUAUGUGUUAAGGGAAGUGGUCUUAGGAGGUCCAUGCAAGGCCGCGAUUGAGGUCCAGGUUGAUGGCACACUCAAGGCCCCUGCAGAUCCUGCCCAAAUGAAGACCGAUGGGUGGGUCACGUUCCAGAACGUUGACCAGUUCACAUUGUCAGGUCACGGAACUUUCGAUGGUCAAGGGAAAACGGCGUGGACAAAGAAUAUCUGCAGCAAAACAAAGGAAUGCGCGAACCUUCCUAUAAACAUAAGGUUCAACUUUGUCACCAAUGCCAUAGUCCAGGACAUAACUUCCCUUGACAGCAAACAGUUCCAUGUGAAUGUUUUGGGCUGCAAAAAUUUCACGUUCCAACAUGUUACCAUCACUGCACCCGGAGAUAGUCCCAACACGGACGGAAUCCACAUUGGUCGUUCAACUGGGGUCAAUAUAAUCAACACUGGCAUCAAGACCGGGGGCGAUUGCAUUUCCAUCGGUGAUGGCAGCGAGCAAAUACACAUCAAUGGAGUAACUUGCGGGCCUGGUCAUGGCAUUAGUGUAGGGAGUCUUGGAAGAUACCCAGGUGAACAGCCUGUGUCUGGUAUUUUUGUAAAAAACAGCACAAUUACCGGCGCGAUGAACGGUGUUAGGAUCAAAACAUGGCCUGCUUCUCCUGCCGGAACCGCUACGGACAUGCAUUUCGAGGAUAUUACAUUGGACAAUGUCGGGAACCCGAUCCUCAUAGAUCGGAAGUACUGCCCAUGGAAUCAGUGCACGGCACAGGUUCCGUCCCUGAUAAAGAUAAGCAAUAUCAGCUUCAGAAGAAUCCAGGGAACUUCUUCAACACAGGUAGCAGUUAAGCUUGAUUGUAGCCCCCGCUACCCGUGCGACAAAGUGGAGAUCAGCGACAUCGAUAUCGCAUACCAUGGUGCUGAGGGUCCCGCUACAUCCUUGUGUACCAAUGUCAAGCCCGUUAUCUCUGGCAAGCAGAACCCAGCAAUCUGCGCCAAUGUGACGGGAAGCUCUCAAACUCAGUAAACAAAAUGCUUGUGACAUGAUGAUCGGAUACAUAGUCGAUGGAGAUUCAGACCAUCUCCUAUCUAUUCCUGUUGGCUUCUCAAUCUAGCCAAUAUGAGAAUUACCAGUUAGAGUAAGAUUAUUGCUUGUAGAAAUAAGAGAAUCGCCUGUUGUGAGACGAUGGUUUAAUAAAUGAAGAUAUUCCAUUAAUUUCGGCUGCUAAGUCGU